CGAUUGCACCAAAUCGUGACUGAUCUUGCCUACAUGCGUAUACUGAUUCUCGAAUACUUCGUCUGAUGAGGCUGUUGUUAGAGAGAGAGGCGCUUGUGGGGUGCCCAGCAUUCCUUCGCUCUCCAGCCCUCUAAAUCUAUGCUUCCGUCUGUAUUCAGGCGAAGCUCCAUCGUUCAAUCAAACUCACUCGAGGCGGCUUGUUGCCGACUGCCGCUCUGGACGAGAGCAUACAACAACAGCUUCGAAUGUCAACAGUGCAUCUUCAGGCUUUCCUUCUCUCUCUAGCAUCACUGCAACAUUUCAUCAGUUGCGCACAGUAUGCCGGCUCAAAGUCGACGCUCUGCCAAGCUUCAGACAGCGGCCCCGACCACAGUGCAAGAAGCCUCUGCAAGCAAGAUCCCGACAGCGAGCGAUUCUUCUGCUACCACAACUUCAAAGGCAAGCGCGACCUCGUUCCCGCUAUCUCGUCUUCCGGAUCUUCCAUGGUCCCGAAUCGACGUUCGCAAGAAUCCAUGGCUAUACAGACCAGCGCGUGGCGAGCAGGGUGUUCUUCAGAUCGAGCCGUACAAAUCCGAGCUCCUACCGCUCUGGGCUUUCAAGGACGAAGAGACAGCUAAAAGGAGCUCAAAAGAUCUCUUGAACAUGUUUGAAAAGUACAAGGGAGAGGAUGACUUUGUAGGGUGCGACAUGGCGCGCAAAUACAUCCAGAUGGGCUUGACUCGCGCGCGACGCUAUGCGAAUCACGCGGGGGGCAAAAAGUACUCUCCCAGCGGCGUAGAGCUUCCCAGAUCCAACGCCGAAGAUCCCAUCAAAGCUGCCUCGGCCCUAAUCUUCCAGAAGGUGCUCGAAGAGCGCGUCAAACCGGACAGAAAGUACGCAGCCCUGCGAGCUGCCUUUGCGCGAAGGUAUGACGGAGGUGAGAUACCUGAGCUGAGCGAGCUCACGAGAGAUGGUAUCGUCCGGCCGCCCACAGACGCCGAGGUGGAAAAAGAAGGCGCGCAGAAGAGGAAGCGGGAGGACGACGAGGAAAAGAGGCAGCUGAGACGCCAGGUACGGAAAAAGGAGCGCCAGACCGGCCGAUCCGCUGUCUCCUGAUGCGCCUCGUGCACUUCCCGAGCUGCUCCUCGGCGUACGUCCCCCGGUUCUCCAAGACAAAAGGUCCCUGAAGCAUCAUAUUUGGUGGGGAAGCCGUUCUGCAGCGGGUGGUUUCAACCGCCGCCCAGGCUGCGCUUUCGUUGGAUGUCUCUCCAAACGGCUUCCGCCAUCGUAGCAAAGACGCGCGGCGCUGAAGGAGCAGCUGCGUGUGAUUCGACCGAGGGAGAAGGGUUUUGCAGCACUCCAGGCUGGCCUCUAUCACCACCCGAUGCGAUGCUGGACUCGAUGGGUAUUCUGCCAAGAACGGGUACUUGGAGCUCCUGUGCGAGCUUGUCGAAAGACGCGGAGGAUCCAAACACUUCGAGGGGAGCAGCGCUUGCCAUCCCGGUUUCCAAAUGUGACAUGUUCAAUGCCA